UUUAAGAAUUAUUUUGAAAAGUUUUUACUUGUGAUUAAAAUGCACAUAGCAUAAAAGUUAAUCAUAACCAAGCAUGUAUUUCUUACUUUUUAUAGACAUGCCAGAUCUAGAGAGACCUGAUUUGAUUCAGGUCCAGUUUUGGUGAGGAGGCAAGGACAUACGUAGUGAUGUCUCAUCAGAAGGCAUAGGCAUGCCCAAAGAAAAAUACGAGCCACCUGACCCUCGGAGGAUGUACACGAUUAUGUCCUCUGAGGAAGCAGCAAAUGGAAAGAAAUCACAUUGGGCAGAGCUUGAAAUAAGUGGAAAUGUAAGAAGCUUAAGCUCAUCUUUGUGGUCACUAACCCACUUGACAGCUUUGCAUCUGAGUGACAAUUCCUUGUCCCGCAUUCCUUCAGACAUUGCCAAGCUUCACAAUCUGGUGUACCUGGAUCUGUCCUGUAAUCAAAUCCGUAGUUUACCGGCAGAACUCGGAAACAUGGUAUCACUCAGGGAGCUCCGUUUAAACGACAACCAGUUACGAGUUCUGCCUUUUGAGCUUGGAAAACUGUUUCAGUUGCAAACUCUAGGCCUGACAGGAAAUCCGCUUACCCAGGAUAUAUUGAACCUCUAUCAGGAACCAGAUGGAACAAGAAGGCUACUGAACUAUUUGCUUGAUAAUUUGUCAGGUACUGCAAAAAGAAUUUCAACAGAACAGCCACCUCCAAGAUCUUGGAUUAUGUUACAAGAACCAGACAGAACAAGGCCAACUGCCUUGUUUUCUGUCAUGUGCUAUAAUGUUCUUUGUGAUAAAUAUGCGACACGGCAGUUAUAUGGCUACUGUCCAUCAUGGGCGCUAAAUUGGGAGUACAGGAAAAAGGCCAUUAUUCAAGAAAUUUUGAGCUGCAAUGCUGAUAUUAUAAGUCUUCAGGAGGUUGAAACAGAACAGUACUACAGUUUCUUUCUGGUAGAACUGAAAGAACGUGGCUAUAACGGAUUCUUUAGUCCUAAAUCUCGAGCUAGGACAAUGUCAGAACAAGAAAGAAAGCAUGUUGAUGGCUGUGCAAUAUUUUUCAAGACAGAAAAAUUUACUUUGGUUCAGAAACACACUGUUGAAUUUAAUCAGCUAGCAAUGGCAAAUUCAGAAGGGUCUGAAGCUAUGCUGAACAGAGUCAUGACAAAAGAUAACAUUGGAGUUGCAGUACUGCUAGAACUUCGAAAGGAAUUGAUUGAAAUGUCAUCUGGAAAACCACAUCUUGGAACAGAAAAACAACUUAUUCUUGUGGCUAAUGCUCAUAUGCAUUGGGACCCUGAGUACUCUGAUGUGAAGUUGGUACAAACUAUGAUGUUCCUCUCAGAAGUGAAGAACAUUAUUGAUAAAGCCUCUCGAAGCCUCAAAUCCAGUGUAGUGGGAGAAUUUGGAACCAUUCCACUUGUGUUAUGUGCAGAUCUGAAUUCUUUGCCAGAUUCUGGUGUGGUAGAAUAUUUGAGCACUGGUGGAGUAGAAACAAAUCAUAAAGACUUUAAGGAACUGAGAUACAAUGAAAGUCUUACAAACUUCAGCUGUAAUGGAAAGAAUGGAAUGACCAACGGAAGGAUCACUCAUGGUUUCAAGUUAAAGAGUGCCUACGAGAGUGGCCUUAUGCCUUACACAAAUUACACAUUUGAUUUCAAGGGUAUAAUUGAUUACAUCUUUUAUUCUAAACCUCAGCUGAACACUUUAGCCAUCCUGGGACCUCUGGACCACCAUUGGCUAGUUGAAAAUAAUAUUACUGGCUGCCCACAUCCACUCAUCCCCUCCGAUCACUUUUCACUUUUUGCACAAUUGGAGCUCUUACUGCCUUUCCUGCCCCAAGUUAAUGGCAUUCAUCUUCCUGGCAGGAGGUAGUCAAGUACCUUCAAAGGACAACCUCAGUUUUACUUGUAAGCUCGUGAAAAUCUGAAUAUAAGGGAGUGAGGUAUGGCUACGAAGGAUUUUUUUCAAAAUGAUGAUUUGAAUUUUUAAUCUGAUUAUUUGAUAUUAGGGUAUAGUAUGAAAGCCAGGUGCUAGCAACAAAUUCUGAGCCCAAUAUGCUUUAUAUACUGCUAGACAGGGAUUGGUGUGUUUGCACCUAUUUUUAAUUUGUUACAAGUAAUUUUCCUGUUUCUUCUAUCCAAUAAAAUAUUUUCAUGCCUUGAAAUAGGAAAAUGUUUGAACAGCAUAUUCUCUUUGCACAGAAAUCUGUAGCACUACUUUUUUUUGAGGCCAGUAGUAACACCCAGAGACCAUUCUUCCAGACUUUACUCCCUCCUUUUUCAGACUUGUUUGUAAAAUGUAGAAUUUGAAUUUAGCCUUUAUGAUUGUAUAUGAACCACAGAAGACCUGAUUUAUGACAUUUUGUACU